GCCUCUGGAGUGUGUCCGCCUGCGGGUGGUCUGGAGGGUAGGAGGGGAGGCUUGCUGUCCACGUUUGUUUGCUGGUCGGGAUCCGGGCCCUAGUAUGUGAGGAGUGUGAGUUUCUCAAGAAUGAAGGGAGAGGGAAAUCUGGACCCAGAAGGGCCAGAAAACGAGUUGUGGUUCUGCCACUGGUGGCUAGAGACCGUGGGCAAGUCGCUCUACCUCUUUAAACCUGCCUUACCUCAUCUCUUCAACGAGGGACUGCCGUCCCUGAGCGCUCUGAAAUGGAGGGGCCAGGGGAGAGUUGCUGCAGGUGCUGUUAGGCCCCAUGGUGGUGAGCCGAGGACGAUUUUAAGAAGACCGAGGUGUUACUGGAUUUCACUGAAAUGUUUUUAUGUUGAAAUUCGGGAUUUUUUUAAAUUUUAGCGAUAUAAAGAGGAUAGCAAAAGAUGACAAUCUCACUUUUCGUUCGUUGUAAAUCCUCCACCUACCCCCACUCGAGCCUGACCCUCCGCCCCAAGGGCCAGAUAGCUUUCGCCGUUGCGGAUUUGGCCCGCGCGUUUAAAAAAGCAUAUUAAUUCACUGUCGCUGUCAGCUCAUUUAAUUACGUUCGGCAGUUUCUCCAACAUUCAUGUGAAUCUGGAAGGGAGGCUGUGUCAUAAAUUGCGACGACUUUAUUUCAGCCCAAUCAAUAAAAUCCAUGAAAGUUUUUUUUCUUUCUUUCUUUUGGCCAUUCACUGAUUAUGGUGUACGCCCUCCUUGCUGAAGCUGUGCUAAGUAGAAAUAUAAGGACGAUUAAGAUAACUACUUUUUUAUUUAUUUGCCCCACACCAAAUUGCCUUAGUCCGCUUUAUCCAGUUGUUAGUUUUUAAAACACCACUAGGUAAACUCUAUCUGUAACUAAAUGAACCAGUUUUUUAAUUCAGUGCUCAAGUAAACUAAAUUUCACACAAAUAAUUCUAUAACUGCUAUAAAAUUUUUUGAACGUGACGAAUGGAUGAAAGUGUACUGUGAGGGAGGAAUGCAAAACUCUGCCAUGGAGCUUGUGUUUUGCUUAACAGAGAUUUAUUCUACCGAAAUAAAUUACUGGAUGAAAGAGUACCAACAUUUUAGGGCCCUUGAAACAUAGGUCUGUGUAGCCUUCUGGAAAAACUGUGCCAUGACUGCCAAUAAUAAGCAUCAAAUAAUGUCAUCUGAAAUGUUGCCAGCAGUUAGUGGGACUUCUAAUGAUGAAAAAAACCAAGACUUAAGUGAAGACCAGGAGGAGAACCAGAAGCCAGGAUUAGGUGAAAGGUUUGAACCCAUAUCUAAAAGGCAAAUGAAGAAGCUCAUGAAACAGAAACAAUGGGAAGAGCAACGAGAACUCCGCAAGAUACCCUCCAAGACCAGCAGACAAAAGCGGAAGGAAAAACGCAAGAGAAAGCAGUUAGAGCGACAGUGUCAACUGGAAUCAAAUUCAGAUGGAAGUGACAGAAAACGUAUUCGAAGAGAUGUUGUUCACAGCACACUCCGCCUUAUCAUUGACUGCAGUUUUGACAGCUUGAUGGUACUAAAGGACAUUAAGAAACUUCAUAAGCAGAUUCAACGAUGUUAUGCAGAAAAUCGACGAGCACUGCAUCCUGUGCAGUUUUACUUGACAAGCCAUGGAGGCCAGUUGAAAAAGAACAUGGAUGAAAAUGACAAAGGAUGGGUCAACUGGAAGGACAUCCACAUCAAACCAGAGCACUAUAGUGAAUUUAUAAAGAAAGAAGACCUGAUUUAUCUUACAUCAGAUUCACCUAAUGUACUAAAGGAAUUAGAUGAAUCAAAAGCCUAUAUAAUUGGAGGAUUAGUAGAUCACAACCAUCAUAAGGGACUCACAUAUAAACAAGCAUCUGAUCAUGGAAUUGAUCAUGCACAGCUCCCUCUUGGAGAUUUUGUGAAGAUGAAUAGUAGAAAAGUUUUGGCAGUUAAUCAUGUGUUUGAGAUUAUUCUGGAAUACCUGGAAACAAGAGACUGGCAAGAAGCAUUUUUCACUAUCUUACCCCAAAGGAAAGGAGCUGUUCCCACAGACAAAGGCUGUGAAAGUUCUUCACAUGACAAAAAAUUAGCCCAAGUUGAAGAUGGAUUGAACAGUGAUUCCAGUGAGGAGGAAAAUAGUACAAAUUUACUAGAUUCACCACAUGAGGAAGAAAAACAGGAUAAAGAAAACAGCACUGAACCUACAGUGAACUCUAUACCACACUAAUGUCAUCUUUUUUUUUUUUUAAGUUUAAGGAAAAAUUAGGAGAUAAUGAGGUACUUCAUAGACUAUUUGAAAUGGGAGAAAAUUUCAUUUUCUCUUGUGAAUUUUUAAAACUUUUAAGUGAUAAAAAGCCCUCAUAAGAAAGCAUUUUUUUUGUUUUUACGUGAGAUUUAAAUGUGUGAUUUAAAAAAGGCUUUUCUAAACCUAAGUAAGCAUUUCUUGAGAAUUUUACUUUAUUAGUAAACCUUCAUUCUCUUUUAUUUACCAGAUUAUAUUCUUCAGAAUGUGCCUUCUGACCUUUCAGUUUUAUUAUUAUGUAUUUGUAUCAGUGUCUUUCUGAUUUAUUUCAUACUUAUUUGUGGAGGCAGAUAUCCUGAAUCUCCUGUAAGUCUACCAUAAUGUUCUGUAUGGGAGGUUACUAUCUAUCUGCAGCUUUAUAUUCAAUUUAGUGACUUCAAAGGAAUAUAGUGAUUUAGGAAGAAGUAUCAGAUUGAUAAACUCAACUCUUUCUUUUGAACUAUGGAUCCCAUCUCUGUUCCUUCUUUGUGAUGCCUUUGUGGUUCUCAAGCAAUCACUGAAGAGAUAAGAAUCUCUUUAAUAUAUUUUCUUAAUUUCAAUAAUGGUGAUAAAUUAUUUUGAUUACAAAAUUUAAGUUUUCAGGCUAGAUUAUUUUAAAAGGCUGUUGAAGGAUCAAUUUUGUCAUUACCUAAAUUUAAAAAGAAACAACUCUUAGCACCUAUCAUUUCCUUCCAUAUAUACUUUUCAAAAAUAAAAUAUGUUGGUUCUUAAAGUAGAUAAAGUUAAAUUCAUAUGUGCCUACUAUCAUAUAAUGAUCUUCAAGCUAAUGGAAAUAUAUGUCUAUAAAUAAUAUAAGCAUGUAUGAAAUAUGCAUAUAAUUGUAUAUACAGCUAUUACUCCACAUCAUGUAUGAUUCUUAGUUACUAAUUGAUAACAGGAUAGAGUUGCCAUAUAUCUGUAUUAUUUGUGUGAAUGACUGUGUUGCAAAACACUAAGGAACUUUAAUUUUAUACAGUGCAAAAAUCCAUAACUAAACAUUUGUAGGAGGACAUUGGCAAAGGAAGAUGGGGCUAGGAGAUGUUUUAGUUUUCAGUAAAUGUAGAGCAUUUAUGUUUAAAGUAAAGUGAUUGUUCUUUAUCACAGUUCAAGUAGCAUUUCAGAAGCUUUACUGAGUUUGGAUAAGUUAAGUUUCUGUUCUUUUUACUCAUUGGCAUCUCAGAUUAUGUACACUUGGUAGAAAGUUCAUCGAAUUUAAUAUUGAUGUUCAGUAUCUCUUAUGUUGCUUUAUUCUUAGUAAUCUAUUAUACUUAUCCAUUUAAAGGUCUGUGAGCAUCGUAUGUAAAUAAAGAAAAGCCCUCACAAUUGUAGAACAAAACUUACGUCUUAAGUUGUACUCUUCAAAGUUCCAGGUUUUUGUGAGUAAAUAUAGUUAGUAGCAUGGAG